GAGGCGAACGUUGGGGGGAGGUGCCGAGGCCGAACCCUAGAUGUCGUCCGCUCUCCAUCUCCUCCACCGCCAUUGCUGCCGGGGAUUGCUAUGUCCUCUCCGUCUCGGCGACGCUACCUGUAGAUCUCGCUCUGUCCUCCGCUUCGCUUCAAGCAUUUCAUCUCCUCGAACGACAGGAGAUCCAAAGCACCAGAAGCAUGAGAGAAACCCUAUCAAGUAUUGGAACACCUUCUACAAACACCACCAGGAUAAGUUCUUUAAGAUCGGCACUAUUUGGAGAAGGAUUGGGGACACCACUUCUUGCCAUCCGGCGAGAAGGGCCAGGCUUCUGCUCAUCCCAAGUCGUGUUGGAGGUUGGUUGUGGAGCUGGAAACACUGUUUUCCCACUUCUAGUGGCAUUUCCAGAUGUCUUUGUUCAUGCUUGUGAUUUCUCACCUCUUGCAAUUGAACUUGUCAAGGAACAUGGAGCUUUUAAGUUGGAUCGGGUGAAUGCUUUUGUUUGUGAUGUCAUAACUGAUGAUCUUUGCAAGAUGAUUAUGCCAGGAUCGGUUGAUGUCAUUACCAUGAUUUUUAUGUUGUCUGCAGUGUCUCCAAUGAAGAUGUCUUUGGCAUUGCAGAAUGUCAGAAAUGUUCUUAAGCCAAGUGGUACCUUACUUUUCAGAGACUAUGCCAUGGGGGAUUAUGCUCAAAUAUCUUGUUUCUUCAGUAUUUCCAUUUACUGGUUUUGUGCCUAUCGGAUAUUUGUCUUCCCACAAGGCGCAAGGAUAUUUAUGUCUCUUUUAUUAUGUUAUCGUAAUUGCUGAUCAAAAUUAACAGGAGAAACUUGCCAAGAAAUGUCAGAUAAUUAGCAAUAACUUCUAUGUCCGUGGUGAUGGCACUGUGGGUGGUUUUUUUCUACCUGGUGGUUCAUUUCUUAAUAAAAUUCUCUAUUUUUGAUUGCAACCUCAUCUAAAGCUUCAGUAUGGUGAUUAGAGUGCGCUUUCUACUUCUCCAAGGUUCAUUAUCAACCUUGUUUGAAAGAAAUGGCUUUGACACUGUGGAAGUCAGUGUGUACUGCAAACAGAUUGUGAAUCGCCCCCGAAAAGUAAUCAUGGAUCGGUAUGUAAACUGUUGCUCUAAAUCACAUUCCUUCUCUAAACAUCAAUAACAAUUCACAUAUAAAGUAUUAUUUGAUAUAGCUAUACUCUAUGCACCUUCAAGGAACAAAAACAUGAUUUGACACCUAAUAUAAGACAAUUUAAUAACCACCAUCUUUAAUUUUCAUUUUUCUUUGUGAUCUGUAAUUUAGUUGUAAUUCUUAUCUCUUGCAUAUGUCAGUCAAUAAAAUCCAAGGAAUAUAGAGUGAUAGUUUUGUGAGCAAUUAGGAAACUAAUUAAGGCUACAACAUAAGUAUUUCGUAUCUUUGAAGCAUUAUGAGGUUUUGCCAUAAAUUUUGAUUAUAAUUUUGGUCGUUUUACUGCUUACCAAAUGAAUUUUGUUCAAAUUUUGUUCCUUUUUGUGAAGAUGAUUUCUUCAUAUUGACCCCAGAAAUAAGUGCUUUAUUUGGUGCUUCUGGAGCCCAAGCAUUUUGUGCCCUUUUUUUUUGUGAAGGCGGAUUCCAUUCAUAUAGCUCUAAUGUGAGUACAAUAUGCAAAAUCAAGUGAAAGUAAACAGUACAAACGGUAAAAGCGGAUUCCAUUCAUAUAGCUCUAAUGUGAGUACAAUAUGCAAAAUCAAGUGAAAGUAAACAGUACAAACGGUGUGGAAUGCUAGCUAAAUUAGUCCAAAGAACCUCUCCGGAAUGCCGGGCGACAUAGGAGGCGACCCAGUCUGCUGCCUGUUUCCGAUACAUAGGAACUAUCCGGAAAGAAGUCAACUCCCUGACCAAAGUGCGGAUAUCUCGUAUCAAUGGAUGGCCGUCUCCGUACCUGUCUGGUCCCCUGAUCCAAUUUAUAACCGUGGACGAAUCACCCUCAAGGAAUACACUGUUGGCCCCCACCACCCGUCUAACAUACAAAUGUAAUAACCCCAAAAAAAAAAAAUUUAUAUAAAAAGGGAUAGAAUAG